AUGAAUCUUAUUAAAAAAAUUUUAAAUGAAAAUUCUCAUGUUCAUAUUCAUGAUGAUAAACGUACUUAUGUUGAAGAUAUAGUUCAAUCAUUAAUUAAUGAUAGACGAAAAAUGUUACAUGUUGUUGCAGAUUUUGAUUUUACAUUAACAAUUUAUGAAAAAAAUGGAAUUAUUUUACCAUCAACAUUUGGUGUUAUUGAAUCUAAUAAUCGUGUUAAAUUACCCGAUGGUUCAUUACUUGCUCAUAAAGCUGAAAAAUUACGAUCAAAAUAUCAUCCAAUUGAAAUGGACGUUCAAAUGGAUGUGUCAGAAAAAAUACCUCAUAUGAUUGAAUGGUGGCGUACAGCACAAAAAUUAUUUGUUGUCUCAAAUCUAGAUAAAUCUUUAAUACGUAAACUUGUGGAAGAAUCUACUAUGGAAUUAAGAAAAGGUGUUCAUGAAUUUAUAAUUGAUUUAUUACAUAGUGAAACUCCUAUUCUAAUAUUUUCAGCUGGUUUAGGUGAUGUUAUAGAAUUUUUUCUUGAAAAAGAAAUUCCUGAUUUUAAACAUAAUCAUGCAUCAUCACAUAUUGUUUCAAAUUUUAUUAAUUAUGAUAAUACUGGAAAAUUAUUAUCAUUUAAUGAUAGAUUAAUACAUACAUUUAAUAAAAAUGAACAUGAAAUAUCUGAUACACCAUAUUAUCAAACAAUACUUACACGUCCAAAUGUUAUUCUUCUAGGUGAUUCACUUGGUGAUGUUGGAAUGAUUGGUGGAAUGAAAAAUUUAAAACAAAUACUUAAAAUUGGUUAUUUAAAUCAUAGUACACCAAAAAAAUUAGAAGUUUAUAAAAAUGUUUAUGAUAUUGUUAUCUGUGAUGAUCAAACAUUUGAUGUUCCUAAUGCUAUAUUAAAAGCUAUUCAGGAAUAA